AUGGCUACCGCAGAACAACAAAUCACUCACCUCCGCUCCCUCUUAGGCAUACUAACCACGUCGGUGAAUGACCUCAUCGCUGAACUCUCCACGGCCGGCAACGGAGCCACACCUGGCCCUGCAGAUGUCCGCAUCCCGAAGGAUCCCAAGACGGAGGAGGCCCGCAAGCGCAUCAUCGCCGCCGCGGCAUCCCUCGAGGCGGCCGUGUUCACUCCCCAGUGGCGUCUCGGCCACUUGGCGCACAGCUAUUUUGUGUCUCGCGCCCUACACAUGGCUGUCGAGUGGGAAAUACCCCAACUACUUGCGGCCAACGGGCCCAUGCACCUCGACGCCCUCGCCUCCAAGAUAGGCAUUGUCGACGCAAACAAGUUGGCGUUUGUGAUACGGACGCUAUGCGCGCACCACAUCUUCGCCGAGACAAGCCUCAACGUCUUCGCCAACGACGAGGCGUCGACCGCCCUUGCAACUGACGAACGCCUCGCCAACUCAGUGCGCUACGCCUCUUUUCUCUUCCCCACGGCUGAUGUGCUUCCGAAUCUCCUUAAAGACCCGGUUCUCUGCGCCAGUUACGCACCGCGAGACUCGGCCUUUGCCAAGAGUAUCGGCAAGGGUAUGGGUCAGUUCGAGUACCUGAACGCGCACCCCGAGUGGCGCGAUUGCUUCAACUUCUGGCUCGCGUCUCUGGGCGAGUACCUGCACGGGCUGACCGACGUACGCGGGUAUCCCUGGGAACUCACCCUCCAGGAUGGUGCCGUUGUCGUCGACGUUGGAGGCGGGCUCGGUAGCUCGAUUCAAGACUUGCGUACUAAUUUUCCGGACCGCAAGAACGAUUUUGUCGGCAUCGUCCAGGACCAGCCUGGUAUGAUCGAGCAUGCCACCGCCCACUGGCAAAAGAUGGACCCAGAGGCUUUGGCCACGGGGGCUGUUAAGCUCACCACGCAUGAUUUCUUCACCGAGAACCCAGUCAAGGGCGCGGAUGUGUAUUGGUUCCGGUCGGUCAUUGUGGACUGGCAGAACGACGACUUAACCACAAUGUUCACCCAUAUCAAGAACGCCAUGGCGCCCGGAAAGUCGCGUCUUCUCAUCGGCGAGUACAUGAUACACCCGACAUGUGGCGACGUCAUGCUGCCCGAUGCGCCGCCGCCAUUGCUGAAGAAUUAUGGCGAGUGGCAGGCCAUGGGGCUCAUCUCGGGUUUCGUCUUGACAAUCAGCCCAAACGGUCGUCAGAGGACUUUCCAUGACUUGUCCAGUGUUGUUGAGGCGGCUGGCUUGAAGGUUUCCAAGGUUUGGAUUUGUCGUGGCCUAGGGAAUGUAAUUGAGUGUCGGUUGAAAGAGGAUUUGUAG